CAACUUUCCCCGUAGCUCCAUAGUCCCACCUCCCGCGGUUCCACUCUCUGCCGGGCUGACUGACGGACAGACUCGCUACAGCAGCACAAAGGCGCGCCGCAGAAUGAAACCCGAAGCAGCGGAGCCCGGCUCUCUCUCACCCGGUCGGCAACUUGACUCCUGAGGGCGUCGCGAGCCCAGGCGGCGAAGACCCGGCGUGCAAAGUGGGAUGGGGUGCAGACAGCAGCGCUAAGUGCCCCCCACGCCGGGCGCGGGGGGCACUCGUUCCGGGCCGCCGGCCGAGCAGUGGCGGCGGCGGAGGGGAUGAGCCCGGGACGCGCAGGGAGCCCGCCGCGAGCCACCGCCCGGAGGGGGACGCCAGGCAGGGCUCACCGUAGGACCGCGUGGACCCCUGCCCCCCGCGGCACGCCGCCGCGGAGCCUCGGGGCAGUGUCUGCGGUCAGGAUGCGCUGGGCGCCUUCCGGCUGGUGAGGAUGCCCGGUCGCGCGGCUCUGCUUCCCCAGUCCGCGUCCCGCGUGGGCACGACUGAGUGGGCCCGGCUUCGGCCCCCAGUGCCGGUGGAUGAAAAGCGCCGGAGUCCUUGGGUGCGAUAAGCGAUCGAGUCUGAAUUCUGAGAGCCAUGGACGAAGGAACUGGACUACAGCCCCAAGCGGGAGGUCAGCUGGAGGCGCGGGCCCCGGCAGGAGCUGUCCAGAAGAGCCAGGCGGAGACCUUCAGGUCCAAGAGUUUGCCGGUGCUGAGCAGCGCCUCCUGCCGGCCGCCCCUCGGUCCUGCGCGCGCAGACGCCGAGCCGGCCCCCGGCCGCGCCGAAUCGUCCGGCCGCCCGCAGCUGAGGCAGGGUCCGGACCCGACGGCCGGCAGCCCCUCGGACCCGUCCACUCCGGCGGGGAUGGCGGGGCUCGGGGACUUUAACCACAGGGCGGACGUCAGCAAAACCGUCUCGGUGUCCUCCACGCUGGCCGCCCUCCAGGAGAGCAGGUGUCUGUACGUGGUCCUCACGGAUUCCCGAUGCUUCCUGGUUUGCAUGUGUUUUUUGACCUUCAUCCAGGCGUUAAUGGUCUCCGGGUACCUGAGCAGCGUCAUCACCACCAUCGAAAGGCGCUACAGCCUGAAGAGUUCCGAGUCGGGGCUGCUGGUCAGCUGCUUCGACAUCGGGAACCUGGUGGUGGUGGUGUUCGUCAGCUACUUCGGCGGCCGCGGCCGGCGCCCCCUGUGGCUGGCGGUGGGCGGCGUCCUCAUCGCCCUCGGGGCUGCGCUGUUCACCCUGCCUCACUUCAUCUCGCCUCCCUACCAGAUCCAGGAGCUAAACGCCUCGGUCCCCAACGACGGCCUGUGUCAGAGCGGCAACUCCGCGGUAACCCUGACCACUUUGGAGACUCCUGCCUGCCUGAAGGAUUCAGGAGGAAACAGUCAUUGGAUCUACGUGGCUUUAUUCAUCUGCGCACAGAUUCUCAUCGGAAUGGGCUCCACACCUAUUUAUACCCUGGGACCAACCUACCUGGAUGACAAUGUCAAGAAAGAAAACGCAUCCUUGUACCUAGCUGUCAUGUAUGUGAUGGGAGCACUUGGCCCUGCAGUGGGAUAUUUACUAGGUGGACUUCUUAUUGGUUUUUAUGUUGAUCCCAGAAAUCCCGUUCACCUUGACCAGAAUGACCCUCGUUUCAUUGGAAACUGGUGGAGUGGAUUCCUCCUUUGUGCCAUUGCAAUGUUUCUUGUGAUAUUCCCAAUGUUUACUUUUCCAAAAAAGCUUCCGCCACGACACAAGAAAAAAAAAAAGAAAAAAUUUUCGGUCAAUGCUGCGAGUGAUGACGACGUUAUGAAGGAGAAAUCAAGUAACAGCGAACAAGUGGAUAAAAAAGUCUCUUCUAUGGGAUUUGGAAAGGAUGUCAGAGACCUACCAAGAGCAGCUGUCAGGAUCUUAAGCAACAUGACAUUCCUUUUUGUGAGUUUGUCAUACACAGCUGAGAGUGCCAUUGUAACUGCUUUCAUUACCUUCAUCCCCAAGUUCAUCGAGUCACAGUUUGGUAUCCCAGCUUCCAAUGCCAGCAUCUACACUGGUGUCAUUAUUGUCCCCAGUGCUGGUGUCGGUAUUGUCCUGGGAGGCUACAUUAUAAAAAAAUUGAAACUCGGUGCCAGAGAAUCUGCCAAACUAGCCAUGAUCUGCAGUGGUGUGUCUUUACUGUGCUUUUCCACCCUAUUUAUCGUUGGAUGUGAAAGCAUUAACCUUGGGGGCAUAAACAUCCCUUACACGACAGGACCUUCUCUCACCAUGCCCCAUAGGAAUCUGACAGGAAGCUGCAAUGUUAACUGUGGUUGUAAAAUACACGAGUAUGAGCCAGUCUGUGGGUCAGAUGGAAUUACGUACUUCAACCCUUGUCUGGCUGGCUGCGUUAAUAGUGGUAAUCUUAGCACCGGGGUACGGAAUUAUACCGAGUGCACCUGUGUCCAAAGUCGGCAAGUGAUCACUCCCCCCACGGUGGGGCAGCGCAGUCAGCUCCAAGUGGUGAUCGUCAAAACGUAUCUCAAUGAAAAUGGUUAUGCUGUGUCUGGGAAGUGUAAACGGACCUGUAACACCCUUAUCCCCUUCUUAGUUUUUCUUUUCAUAGUCACUUUCAUCACAGCCUGUGCCCAGCCAUCAGCCAUCAUUGUAACCCUCAGGUCUGUAGAAGAUGAAGAGAGACCCUUUGCACUGGGAAUGCAGUUUGUUCUGUUGCGAACACUCGCAUACAUUCCUACCCCCAUUUACUUUGGAGCCGUCAUCGAUACCACCUGCAUGCUCUGGCAACAGGAGUGUGGAGUACAGGGCUCUUGCUGGGAGUACAACGUGACGUCAUUUCGUUUUGUCUACUUUGGUUUGGCGGCUGGCCUCAAAUUCGUGGGCUUUAUUUUUAUUUUUCUGGCCUGGUACUCCAUAAAAUACAAGGAAGAUGAACUACAGAGGCAGAGAUGGAGAGAAUUCCCCCUGAGCACUGUGAGUGAGAGAGUGGGCCACCCUGACAGUGCCCGGACUAGAUCUUGCCCCACUUUCAGCACCCAGGGAGAAUUCCAGGAAGAGACUGGUCUGCAAAAAGGGAUCACAGCACAGACCUACUCGGGACCCUUCCCAGAAGCAAUAAGUUCCUCUGCGGACCCAGGGCUGGAAGAGAGCCCUGUUGACAUGUAGCUGCCUUCCUGAAGCUUGAAAAUGGAAGAAUUUCAUCUUGUUGGUUGAGUCGAAUAUGGCGACUUGAGAAACAACCGUGCCUUCUUUUCCUUUCUUUUUGUAACCUCUGCAGACACAAUCCUCAAACCAACAAAACUCAGUCUACACAGCCACUAUUGAUUGAGGGCUGGAUACCUCAACAAGACUGAGCGCCUUCCUCCCGCCACCCCAAGAUGGAGGAGGUUACAUAGAUUUGUUACCAUUUCCGCUGUGUUAAUUAAAAGCUCGCUUUCCAGAGGUAUAUGGUGAACAAAAUCAUGGGAAGGCGAA